AUGCAGAUCGCCUACCACCAAGCAACCUCCCCAACUCUCGGGCCCCUCAUCUUCGCCUUCACCGAGAAGGGCCUCUGCGCCCUCGACCUCUCCCCCGCGGCUGAUCCCACCAUCCUCAACCAGCGCUUCCCGAACGUAACACUCCAAACAGACCUGUUCUCACCCGCCCAACACGAAUACGUCACACAAAUCCUCACAUACCUCUCCGAUCCUACGCGAACGCGGCCAGAUAUCCCCCUCGACUUCACACCCUCCCACCCCUCCCCCUUCCGUCUCGCCGUCUGGUCCACCCUCCUCACCCUCCCCGCCGGCCAAACUACAUCCUACUCCGCCCUCGCUACACGUCUCUCGUACCAACCAACCCAUGCGCGUGCGGUAGCGACCGCGGUGGGAGCGAACCCGAUUGCGGUGGUGGUUCCGUGUCAUCGCGUGCUGGGCGGGAGGGGGGAGUUAAGCGGGUAUCGGUGGGGAGUCGAGGUGAAGAGGAGGUUGUUGGAGAUGGAGGGUGUACACGUGAGUGGGAUGGGUCGAAUGGAGGUGGGUGAGGCGAUUAAGUCGGGGAGUACGGGGUUGUUUGAGAAGUAUAGGUGUACGGGCACGGUGUAG